AGGAUCCCUUCGCUUUGCGUUUUGUUUGUUUUCAAAUUUCCCCUCUCGCAUCCGAGGCGAAGCUCACGAACUGCACUGCCUCGGAGCGCUUCCUCGGGGCUCUGCACAUUUGGGCAGAAAAUUACCAAAGCUCCAGCGCCAAGGUGAAAAUCGGAGAGGAGGGAGAAAAAGUUUUGUGCCUAAGGACAGAAAGGAGUUGGAGCGAGGCCACCCCCCUCCCCCCCGGGCCGCCCGGCCCCGAGCCCGGGGACAGCUGGCAGCCCGCGCGGGACGGACAAAGCCGAUCAGCGCGGCGCGCGGGCGGGGGCGACCCGCAGGGCUGUCCCUUCCGCGCUGGCCUCCGCCGCCCCCUCCUUAGGACCCGGCGGACACCUCGUCCUCUUCCACGUCCUCCCCUCGAACCCACCCACCCUUUAAAGGGGGGGCAGCCCACAGCCCCAUCCCUCGGCUGGCAGACCUGCCUCCGGGCAAGCCCCGGGAAGGCGUCCCUGGAAGAGAAACUGACCCGCACCAAGACCCGCCCUCCUCGUGGUCCCGCGCCGCCCGAAUUCAGCGACCCCGCGCUCCCUUCCCCGGGACCCCAAGACCUCGGCCCGGAAGAUGGCGAGGAGGAGCCGCCACCGCCUCCUCCUGCUGCUCCUGCGCUACCUGGUGGUCGCCCUGGGCUAUCAUAAGGCCUAUUAUGGAUUAUCUGCCCCCAAACGCCAUCAAGUGGUCACAGCAAUAGAGUACCAAGAGGCGAUUUUAGCCUGUAAAAACCCUAAGAAGCCCAUUUCCUCCAGAUUGGAGUGGAAGAAACUGGGACGGAGUGUCUCCUUUGUCUACUAUCAGCAGGCUUUCCAAGGUGAUUUGAAAGAUCGAGCUGAGAUAAUAGAUUUCAGUAUCCGGAUCAAAAAUGUCACAAGAAAGGAUGCUGGGAAAUAUCGUUGUGAAAUUAGUGCCCCGUCUGAGCAAGGCCAAAACCUGGCAGAGGAUACACUCAUUCUGGAAGUAUUAGUGGCUCCAGCAGUUCCAUCAUGUGAAAUACCUUCUUUUGCUCUGAGUGGAAGUGUGGUUGAGCUACUAUGUCAAGAUAAGGAAGGUAAUCCAGCUCCUGAAUACAUAUGGUUUAAGGAUGGCAGUCGUUUGCUAGAGAAUCGAAAACUUGACUCCCGGAGCACCAACAGUUCAUACACAAUGAAUACAAAGUCUGGUACUCUGAAAUUUAACACUGUGUCCAGGCUGGACAGUGGAGAAUAUUCCUGUGAAGCCCGUAACUCUGUUGGAUCUCGCAGGUGCCCCCAGAAACGAAUGCAAGUAGAUGACCUCAGCCUAAGUGGCAUCAUAGCAGCUGUGGCAGUUGUGGCCUUAGUGAUCUGUGCCUGUGGUCUCGGUGUGUGCUACGCUCAGAGAAAGGGCUACUUUUCAAAAGAAACCUCCUACAAGAAGGGGAGUGCUACAUCAAAAGCCACUACAGUGAGUGAAAAUGAUUUCAAGCACACAAAAUCCUUUAUAAUUUAAGAAUUCCACUUUUGAGAUACCACCAAAACUACAGCUGUUACCCAAGUUAUUAAAGUAUUAUAAAAUCCUUUGUGGUCUUACAUUUGGGAAGAUGUACAUGAGGAAGUGAAAUUGGCAUUUUACUGUAAUUUUUAUGAACUUUAACUCACCAGAAAUUAUUUUAAGCAAAUGGUUCUGUCAUCACCUAAAAUACAAUCUGACUUCUUGUGUCUGGACUAAAGAAAAAUAGCCAAAAUACUUUGUAGUAACAUGGGGUCUGUGAAAUAUUAACACAUGUCCUAACUUCUGGAGGAAGCACUGCUGCAUACUGCUUGUGAAGUUAAUCCAGGAAUUAUGAACUGCACAUAUGCUCUGUGCAAGAGUCUGAUUUAGGAGGCUUCAGAAAGAGGUUCAGACCUGCAAAAGGAAACCUCCUUCAUUCCUACCAGAAUCCUGGCCUCCCCUAAUAUAAUCCUUACUGCAUUGCUCAUUUGUCACUAAUGUAUCCACAGAAGAGGGGCAGUAGGGCUGGAUUUGCACUUUGUUUACUUUUAUAUCUGAGAACCAAGAACAUGAAGAGAAAUAGCUACUGAUUGGAGCUCACACAGCUACUCACAGGAUGAUGUAAUUCUGAGAGUCAAACACAAACCCAUGUGACUUACUCACCCCUCUCCGCUUUCCCCAAGUCAUCUCUGAAGGGGCUCAGUGAGCUUGACAUCAGAAUUUGCCCUAGAGCCUGCCCACCUUUGCAGAUACCUUUCUCUGCCUGAGUGCUGACUUCACAAUUCGGACCUUAAAAACCAGUCAAAGAAAUUCUAAGCUGUCCUGCCUGCAUGGUUAUGGUCAAGAGGUUGCCAAUCCUUAUGGUAAGGAUUAUGGAGAGGAGAAAUGUUUGUCUGAUGAAUAAAAUAUGGAUAAAUGAGCUCACUGUGACUCCCUACAUCCGACACCUGCUUGAUACAAAAGAGGCCCAUGAGACACUAUGCCUGAAAUUUUUUUUAAAAAAGGUCUAAUCAUGUAUUUUCUGAUUUAAAGAAGCCUCUGGCUAAUGUUAUGAGAAAUUCCAAUGGUUCAUUUAAUAAUAAAAGCAAUAAUAAUAAGGCUAUGCUUUUUUUGCUUUUUGUUUUUUGAAACAGGGUCUCCCUAUGUAGUUCAGACUGGCCUUGAACUCACUAUGCAGUCCAGGCUCAGUUUAAGCUCAUUUCAUCCUCCUGACUCCUGAGUGCUGGGACCACUGGCAUGUGCCACCACAUCCAGCCUAAAGCUAUGUUUUAAAAGCAUUAUCUUUUAGAACUGAUUUUGAUUAUUCAGUCAAUACUAAAAACAAAAUACCAAAGGCACUCCCGGUUCUGGACAAAUCUGAAUGAAAAGGUCACUUACUAUCUUUGACAACAUCAAGAACAGUUAAUUUGCUUUCAGAGGAAUCUGCUCUUUUACCCAGUAGGCAAAGCAGAUCCCCAGAAUUCCCAGAACAAACUGAACGCCUAGCGUGCGCCUGGCUUCACGUCCCUAGGAAGAUGCAUGUUGUCAGCCUGUUCCCCUUUGACUUGUCUCUGUCAUUCACUGCUUCUCAACAGGACUCCUUCCUGGAAGUCUGGCUUCUGUAACAUGGCUCCAUCCCAAAAGGCAAAUUAUCACUCUAUUAGUCACAGGUCGGCACUUUCUGUAAAGAGCAAGAUACUAGUAUUUUAAGCGAUAUGGUUCCUGUAACUACUUGAGUCUGUCAUUGCAAAAGGAGCCACAGACAAGAAAGCAAAUGUACAUGUUUUCCAAUAAAACUUUAUUUACACAAACAGCAGGCAGAGUCAGGAUUUAGCUCACAGGCAGUUUCUCAAGCCGACAGCAAAUGACAUAAAAAAACACCCAUCUAGAAGCUUUUGUAAAAAUCUCACUAAAUGUUGCCUAUGGUUUAACUGACAGACUUUGCUUUGAUUUGAGCAAUGUUUUCUUCUUGCUUAUGACUCUCAAGGAUGCCUCUUCUGGCAUACAUAUCACAUAAGAUCAACUGCUUCAAUUUACAGGAAUCUAUUUUAAGAGGAAAAUGAUGCGGUGCCUUAAUUUCACUAACAGCUUAAGACAUCAAAGUCUAGAGGAUUUAUUUUACACAGUAUAAACAUCUAACAGUUUUUGUGCCAAAUAUAUAUCAUACAUCCAUCUUAAAAUAUUGUAUACACCCAAGUAAGAAAAUCAUUGUGUAAAGAAUGCUUUCUUCUACAUAAAGUAUGAACACUAAUGUUCCAAUUAUUAAAACUGUAUCUAUCUGUGGGUCACUGGUGUCCAGAUAACGUGUUUCCAUUUGCUCUUUUAUUCGAAGCACUUGAAUAACAAUUGGUAAAAUCCCAUUGUAAUUCUUUGAGGAUUUUGAUUUUAUUUUCCUGCAGUGAAAUUGUGUUGUAUAAAGAUUAAGGCUCAAGAAUCUUUAAUAACAAGUUCUGUUUUAAUAUCAUUGGUGUUUGUAACCAGAUUCGAUUUAUUUUUACUUGGGAUUUUAACCUAAAUCUGGAAUGACUGUUUUUCAAUAUAACUUUGCUAAGAACUUCCUUCAUCCAACAGCUGGCUUUGUUAAAAAUCUACAUUAAUAAAAAUAGCUGAACUGGU